CGCUGAACCCCGCCCACACUCCCGAGUGGUUGCGACUCCAGGUGUGACGUCAUCAGGCGGCGCCGAGCUCCGACCAGGAAACAUGGAACGGCCCAGCCUGGGGCAGAUCAUCCUUCUGGCCUCCAGUUCUGCCAUUAGCGCCAUCUUCUACACGGUGUACCGCCACAAGUACCGCACCGCGCAGACACUGAAGGGAGCCAAGAAGAUCUCCCUGGACCAUGACUUGCAGAACAUCCUCAUGGACUUGCCUGGGAAGUGCGUCCCGUACGCCGUCAUUGAAGGCGUGGUGCGAGCUUCGAAGGAUUCCCUCAGCAGUCAGUUCAUGGACAACUGUAAAGGUGUCAUCCACAGGCUGUCGCUGAAGGAGCACAAGAUGGUGUGGAACCGAACGACGCACCUCUGGAACGAUCACGAGAAAGUCAUCCACCAGAGAACGAACACGGUGCCCUUUGACCUCGUCCCUGAGGAUGCAGACGCAGGCGGCCUCGCCGUCCGCGUCGUGAAACCUUUAGAAGCCACCGAGUUAGACUUGGAAACCGUCUAUGAGAAGUUUCACCCCACGGUACAGUCCUUCACCAACGCGCUGGGACACCUCCUGACCGGCGAGCAGCCGAAAGGGGUCCAGGAGACGGAGGAGAUGCUGAGGAUCGGGGCGGCGGUGACGGGGGUGGGCGAGCUGGUCCUGGACAAUAAGACCAUCAAGCUUCAGCCUCCUAAAGCCGGCAUGCAGUAUUAUCUCAGCAAGCUGGACUUUGACUCCUUGGUGCAAAGACAAGAGUCGCAGGUGCGGGUGUGGAAGAUCCUGUGCCUGCUGUGCGGGGUGGCCACCUGCGUCACCCUCUUCUUCGUCCUGAGACGCCAGUACAGGCUGUACAAGGAGAAGCGGCGCCUGAAGAGGCUCCAGCAGGAGUUCGAGGACGCGCGGGCGAGGUUCGGAGACGACGAGGCGGAGGAGGCCCGCAGCACCUGCAUCAUCUGCCUCGCCAACCAGAAAUCCUCCGUCUUCUUAGAGUGCGGCCACGUCUGUUCCUGCUACGAGUGCUACCAGGCUCUGCCCUCGCCCAAAAAGUGCCCCGUGUGCAGGAACGCCAUUUCUAGAGUGGUUCCUCUAUACAAUAGCUGAUUGGUUUGUUGGGAUGAAAAACUCCGCCUCUCUCAGGGCAGCGAAGGGGACGGGAAUAAGGCCGGGUGCCGGGGCUGAAAGUGACUCUUCUAGUUGGCAUUUUUGUAGCGUUUUUUUCCCAUUUUUCAUAUUAUUUUCUUUGUUGGGUUGGAAACCCAGAGAACAGACGCGUUUCCCCAAUCUGCCACCAGCAGGGGGCGAAUGCAGCACCCUCGAGCAACCAAUCAGAACUCGGCUUUAUGUGCUCAGCAACAUCUGGUUGCUAUGGGUUACUGCUCUUUGCGUUGUCAUGGGCGCUCUCCGCACUCGUGCCAUAGGUCCAUCUCUUCAAUUAUUUCAUCGAUAUUUUAAAUCCCGAAUACCUCCUGGCAUGUCUCCGCCCCCUGAGUCACCCCGGCUGUACAUGUCUCCGCCCCUGAGUCCCGCCCCGGCUGUACAUGUCUCCGCCCCUGAGUUACCCGGGCUGUACAUGUCUCCGCCCCUGAGUCACCCCAGCUGUACAUGUAUCCGCCCCUGAGUUACCCGGGCUGUACGUGUCUCCGCCCCUGAGUUACUUCGGCUGUACAUAUCUGUUUAUAAAGAAUACAAAUAUUUUUGUGAGGGAUUAAUAUGGGAAAUAAAGUUUUAUUUUCCUACAUUUACCAAAGAUUUUUUUUUUUCUGCAGCACUUCCUGCUGCUUCUCUUGACGGCGACUUGUUUUGGAGUUCGGUACACAUGGCAGUUCUCGUCACGGCUUUACUGAGCAAGGGUAUGGGCGGAGCUUAAGGGGUAGCGAUGGCGAACCCCGCCCAUGCUCUGGGGUGGGGGGGUACACGUUCGGCCUCGCUGUCACAGGUUUUUAACAUUGUGUUGCUGGGGAGAAGUGAUCGGCGCCUCACCCUGGGUAGGUAAUUCAGUAAACUCGGAGGUCCCAGGCACGGGGCCCGUCCUGGAGCCCUGCCUCCCCCCCACCCAGCCCAGUACAGCCCUGCCCCCUCACCCAGCCUAGUACAGGCCUGCCCCUUCAC